AUGGUGCGCGCAGUAGGUUCCGGUGCUACCGACACCGUCGUGAGAGAUGAGGAAACACCACUAUUAGGACGCCUACCAGUAAAGCCUCAAAAGGAGACUUGGAGGCAAAGGUUUCAACAUGACAUAUCAUGUUCGUGGGCGGAUGCGGUGUUGCUUGCCUGCUAUGUCGUGACUGGUCUCCUCGACAGCUCUUCUAUCCAAGUUUGGGGAACGUUCGUCUCUAUGCAGACAGGAAACACCGUCUAUAUCGGUCUCGGGCUCGCGAGCUUUGCAACAUCAACCCCUGGUCCCCGUCUGUACAAAUCUGCUCUCUCUGUGGCAUCCUUUUGUCUCGGAUCUUUUCUCUUUGCCCGCUUCCAUCGCCUGGUCUCCCCCAGACGUCGCUGGGUUCUCUGCGCUUCUUUCACUAUGCAGGCCCUUCUCACUAGCGCAGCUGCACUUAUAGUCACCCUGCGCCCACCAGGCCCAAACACCGAUAGCCUCGCAUGGAAUGUCCUCGUACCAAUUACUCUUAUGGCCUUCCAGAGCUGUGGGCAAGCAGUGGCGAGUCGGGCUCUGAAGCAGAACGCGCUCAUCAGUCUGGUUUUGACGAGCGUGUACUGCGACCUAUUUUCAGACAGAGAGUUAUUUGCAUUGGACAAUGUAUCAAGAAAUCAACGUGCAGCCGCACCGUUGUUGCUCUUAUUCGGCGUGGUAGCAGGCGGUCUGUUUGCGCAGAGCUCUGUCGGCAUUGCGGGAGCCCUAUGGAUCGCCGCCGGGCUAAAGCUAUGCAUGGUUGUCGCGUGGUUCUUGUGGCGCUCAGAGGAAGAAACAGAGGAAGAUUAA